AUGGGCUCGAAGGCUGGGAUAGACCUUGCAGGUAUCAGUUGGAGGAUACUCAACAAUCCAACAUGUCUCCUAGCCCGAAUCCUAAAAGGAAAGUAUUGCAGAACAGAGAAUUUUCUCACUGUUCAUGUCACUUCCUCCACCUCACACGGAUGGCGUGGAAUCCUUAUAGGCAGAGACCUUCUCAACCAACAACUAAGCAAGGAUGUUGGUAAUGGAAGCCACACCUCGCUGUGGAAUGACCCCUGGCUCUCGCUGAAAACCCCAACCCGACCAACGGGACCACCAAACCUACAUGAAAAAGACAUUCUGGUCUCAGACCUCAUCUUACAUCACACUCGCCAAUGGAACAGAGAGAUGAUCGAAAAGCUCUUACCCCAUCAUCUCAACGAUAUCCUCUCCAUCCGACCAAGCAUGACAAGGGCAAGAGAUUCUUAUAUCUGGAUCCCCACCAAAUCAGGAGCCUACUCGGUGAAAACGGGCUAUCACAUCGCUCUGGAAUCCUCCAAAGGACCUGCACAAGACACAAUCACACUCAUCAACUGGAAUGCUGAGGUGAGAAACUUCUCAAUCGUGGCCUACUCGAUAAUGCCUGUUGCGUUCACUGCGGCGAGCUUGAAACCACCAAGCAUAUCUUCCUCCAAUGCCCUUUUGCCCAACAAGUUUGGUCCCAGGGACCGUUUAAGAACACCAUCGACCCCCACACGUUCCCAACCUUCUCUACAUCCCUCAUCGCCUCAAAGGAAUGGAUUUGUCUCCCACCAACAGGCAUUGGAUCAGGACCCCUAUUCCCAUGGAUCUGCUGGGCCAUUUGGUCUUCAAGAAAUUAUCUUAUCUUCGAAGAAAGAGUGUUCUCCCCGGAAGAGACAAUGA